CGCUAUUCAGCGCACCGAACGGCGCGGCGACAGGCGAACCGCGUUUGGCCAAAAACAAAAUACUAAAAAAAAAAACGCAGAGCGAAAAGGCAGCAAAAAAUAAAAACAAAAAUGAAAAAACGGUUUUAGUGCGCUGUUGUCGUUGCGGUUGGCGCGUUGCGUUAAACAACAUCCAAAAAAUUUUCGGUUAUUUUCUUCGUUUCAUUUGAUUUGGAUUUUAGUUGUGUUUUCGUUUAAGUGCUGGACAAUUGGCUGAAGGAGCAGCCUGUCUCGGUUCAGGACAACAACCCAAAACUAACCAAAAAGAAAAAAAAAAAAAACUAAAGAAAAGUAACGAAAAGGAAGAGGCAACAGCAACGGUAGCAAAGCAGCGUCCAGCCGUUGCGCGCAAAAAGAGACGUCAAGCAAAAUUAACUGUAUUAGAAGUUAUUUAUAGACUAACGGCGCGCGUUUGACUGGCUUCUGUAUUUAAUUAGCCUUCCGCGAUUGCGACAGAGGCACAGCGCCACAGCGCCACCCCCACCUCCAAGCGCCUGCCCGCCCGCUUCGGCCAGCCGUUGCACAACCGUUGCGUGCCAUGGAACAGCUGUGCUACAUCGCGCUCAGCUGCCUGCUGGCCAUCGUCUUGCUCUACGGCCUGCUGGAGCUGCACUACUUCCUGCGCAUGUGCCUCUGUGUGCUGCUGGCGCGGUUCAUCAAGCGCCGCUGCCACAUCCUGGAGACGACCACGGUGAAUGGCCUCUGCUUGAGCAACGAUGUGGACACGCUGCUUUACCACAUGAAUAACGCGCGGUAUUUUCGGGAAUUGGAUUUCGCACGCGUCGAUUUCUAUGAGCGCACGCAGCUCUACAGCACGAUCCGGCGCUUGGGCGGAUCGGUGUUUCAGGGCGCGGCGACCAUACGCUAUCGUCGCUUCAUACGACCCUUUCAGCGCUUCACCAUCGAGUCCAGGAUCAUCUACUGGGACGAGCAGUCGCUGUUCAUGGAGCAUCGCUUCUUGCGUCCCUCCGAUCAGUUUGUCCACUGCAUCGCCAUCUGCCGGCAGCGGGUGAUCGAUGUGCCCAUGGACACGGUGAUGGCCGAGCUGCUGGCCAAGACGCCGCUGCAGGCGUCGCGGCACACGCUCAGCUCCACCGCCAGCCUGCAGCCGGUGGGCAUGGGCAGUGCCACGCCCAUGCCGCAAGUGGCCCUGGAGGCGGGCCAGGCGGAGAACGGGCAUGUGGCAGCAGCGCCGGCCGCUGCGACUGCGACUACGGCGUACAGCAUCAAGAUGAAGCCGCCGCUGCCGCCGGAGCUGUGCAAGUGGAUCGAGUACAAUGAGAUGUCCAGCAAGAAUUUACGCAGCGGCUGCUGACCAUAGAGAGGGGCAGAGCCAAAAGAAGGAGAGCACCAGGGGCAGCAGGAGCAGCAGGAGCAGCAGGAGGCACCAUCCACUUAAUUGAUAUGGAUAUAGAUGAACUAGAACUACUCUACGUUCCGCCUACAAAAAUUGUCAUAUUUUUUUUUUUUUUUUUUUAUAUUUUUUUUAUAGUUUUUCUAUGUGCGUGUGCGUGUGCGUCUGCGUGUGUGUGAGCUGUGUGUGAAAUUGUGAACUGUAUGUUGUGAAUGUUGACUUUUAGCUCUAAGUCGAACUCUGUGUCUGUGUCUGUGGCGAUGCUCGUGCUCGUGCUCGAACUCCAGCUGGUGGCUCCAACUGCUUGGCCUAGCCACAGCAGCUGCAGCAGCAGCAGCAGCAGCAGCAGCAUCGAGUCGUCGAGCACCCACAGCUAAUAACCCACAAUUAACUGUUAAUAUAGGGGGGUUAAUAUAAAUGCUAUAUAGAUACAAGCUAAUCCACUUGUGUUUCUUCGCCCGUACAGCGAGCAGGGGGGAGGGGAGGGGGGAGGGCAGUGUUGGAAAAUUAACGAAAGCUGCACGAAAUUGCAGAGUUGGUGAAAGGAACCCAUUGAGCUGGAAACCAAAUUCAUUUGCAGCUCUUGCCAAUC